CUUUCGAUCAACUUCCAGAAGAGAAAAAAUCCAAAAACCAUUCGGCAGGUUCUUCGCUGCUGGUGAUUUUUUCUGGUUGAAAUCACUAGAGCCUCCAACUUCCGUCGGUCCAGAAGCAAUCUCAUAACUUCCAAUAUCUCACCAAACAGUACAUCACAAUGAAGACCGCUAUUUUCGCCUCCCUCAUCGCCUCGGCCGCCGCCUUUGCCCCUGCCAACAAGGCUGCCUCCUCCUCUGCCGUCAAGGCUUUCGAGAAUGAGCUCGGUGCCCAGCCUCCACUCGGAUUCUUCGAUCCUCUCAACCUUGUUGCCGAUGGUGAUGAAGAAAAGUUCGCCCGUCUCCGAUACGUCGAACUCAAGCACGGACGUAUCUCCAUGCUUGCAGUUGCCGGAUACCUCAUUGCAGAGGCCGGAAUCCGUCUUCCCGGAAACGUCAACUACUCUGGACUUGGAUUCUCUGAUGUUCGCAACGGAUUCGCCGCCUUCAACGAUCUUGGCGGAGCCGGUAUUGGCCAAAUUGUUGCCUUCGUUGGACUUUUGGAACUUGCCGUCAUGAAGGAUGUCACCGGAGAAGCUGAAUUCCCUGGUGAUUUCCGUAACGGAGCCAUCGACUACGGAUGGGACACCUUCUCCGAAGAGACCAAGUUGCAGAAGCGUGGAAUCGAAUUGAACAACGGACGUGCCGCCAUGAUGGGAAUCUUGGCCCUUAUGGUUCACGAACAAUUGGGAGUCUCUCUCAUCCCUAGUGUCUAAGCAAGAGGGUUCGGAAGUGCUCCUUACCUCACAUCUCGACACAUAGAAGCUAGAAUUUUUGGUGGAUUAUCAACUAUUAUUUAGAUUCAAUAUUUUCUCCCAAAGAAACUUUUGUGGUUGCUAUUGAUUUGAUCUACAUGCAGCCAGAGCUAAAAUCGAAACUUGGUUCUUUUGAUGCGGCGGAAUUGCACUAAAUAGUUUUCGUAAUU